CUUGAAUUUAAACUUACAGUUUCUUGUGUACUUGGAGGUUAAAUUGAUUCAAAUACUUGUAAGGAGCCCAAACGAGAUUAAUUGUAAGGCUUAAACAUUCCGUAAAAGUUGGAUCCUGAAAAUAGAUUUAAUACAAGGUUGAUCCAGAUUGCUUGUUAUGGCUGACUAUCCCAAGGCGCAGAGUGGGGAAAAGGGUGGGGAGCCUGGUGCCCCUGUUGCUAUGCAACCAAUGCCUUCAGCCCCUCCAGGUACGGCCCCUGUCCCCGGGGCACAAGGAAUGGUCCCAGCAGGAGCAGGGUGGAUGCCUGCACCUCAGGCCCCAGCCAAUUGUCCACCAGGCCUGGAGUAUCUGGCACAGGUUGACCAACUGCUUAUUAAACAGAAAGUGGAGGGCUUAGAAGCAUUUACUGGUUAUGAGACUAACAACAAAUAUGAGAUCCUGAACUCACUAGGACAGAGAGUGUUCUACGCUGUCGAAGAUACAUGCUGCUGCACAAGAAACUGCUGUGGUCACCACCGACCCUGGGAUAUCAAAAUCCUCAACAACCAGUCUAAGGAGGUGAUGCACCUCUCACGGGGCCUCCGAUGUAACUGCUGCAUGUGUCCUUGCUGUCUACAGAAAGUGACAGUGGAGGCACCAGCUGGUCACACUAUUGGGUAUGUGUCACAGGCGUGGAGCAUGUGUAAGCCUCAGUUCAAGAUCCAGACAGCAAAUGAAGACACAGUGUUGAGAAUUAAGGGGCCAUGCUGCACGUGGAACCUAUGUGGAGAAAUCGAAUUUGAUGUGUCAACUGCUGACGAGACAUCGUUCUGUGGCCGUAUUACCAAGCAGUGGUCUGGACUGGCAAAGGAAGCCUUCACAGAUGCAGACAACUAUGGAAUCUCCUUCCCGAUUGAUCUGGACGUCAAUGUUAAGGCCGUUCUCAUAGGAGCCGUGUUCCUCAUUGACUUCAUGUACUUUGAGAACAACACGAAGAAAGACAAGGACAAGAUAAGCAAGGCUGUUCACUAAGGGAGACAAAUGAUUAGAAAACUUCAGUACAAGGGAGGAAACCCAUGAACUCUGUAUUCUAAGGGAUGUGAUUUUACACUCCUCCCUGCUUUGAAAAUGGUUUAUAUCACCGCUGAGGUUGAGUUUUUGACUAUCAUUCUGGGGCCAGUAAAGUUUAUAAAUGUGCUUGCACAUCUUUCAGAUGUACUUUCAAGUUCACUGAAAGUGUGGCUAUAAUACUAUGAAUAACAGACAUUCAAGUUUAAAUUUUAAAAGAAACUCAAAGAAGUAUUUUUGCCUGUGGAUUUUUACAAUUAUUAAAUAUUUAAGGUCUCAGUUAUAACUCAAUCUUCUUCAAUUUGUCCCACAGAUGUUUGCUUUGCUGAUUGGGUUGUUAUGCCAUUUUAUCACAAAGUUAAAUGUUUGAUACAGCUAUCGUUUUUUUAUGAGUUACAAUAUUGUUUUGCAAUACACAGUGAUACAUGAUUUUCAUCAUGUGAAUUUUAUACUGUAUUUGUACAAAAAAUUGUUGUUAUAUGGUAUUUUUCUUGUGACUAUUUAACAAGUGGCCUCUUGGUCCAAAUUUCCUUGACAAGCAAUAAGUGUUUUAUUUACUUACUUAAAAUGAGUUAAACAGAGUAAAAAAUAGUUAAUCCUUAUUACCAUGAUAAAAUAGUUUCUUUUCCAGUUUUAGAACACUUCAAAAUAAGAUUACUACACAAAUUAUAUCAAAUGAAAAAAGUGAGUUUAACUUAAUCCUAAAAGAGAUUUAUCCUUUUCUGAGAAAUAAAGCCCUGAGCUGGUAUUCAUAAAGCAUUAAUUAAUUUCCUAACUUAAUUCAAUUAUUUCUUUUAUUAAAGUAACUCAUUGGUUUUAUGAUAUAAAAUCUUGAUUAUUUCGGAAAUAAAUUAUUUUCAUUGACCAUAUUGAAGAAAACUUCAUGUUCAAAGCAUUUAUGCAUUUCUUUAAUUUGACUUUUAAUUAGACUGAAAAAUUAAAGAAAACGCCUUAUGUUAGGAAAUGGCUUAAGAUGCUUUAAGAAUACUGCCCCUGAUGUUAGUGAAGGAAGGACUAAUUUUUGUGUUGUGAGUUUUUUACAUUGCUUAAUAGUUGGUCAGCCGUAUAUUUCAUACAGACACAGGUGAUAGUAUAUUGAAUAACGCUUAGAUGAUGGUUGUUAGUCAGUUACACUUUGUUUUACAAAUGAAUGUAUUGGGCUUACUGCUGUGAAAGGGGCAGGGGCGGCAAUGAGGUAGAUACUGAUUUGCUGCCCACAUGUAUAAAGGUAAUAUAUAUAGAUAUUUUAAUUAGGCUAAUGGGAUAACGGCCUUGAUCGGUACCUUACACCAAUUAUGGCUGUGCUUUGCCUGUGCAGUAUACAUGUAGUAUAGAUCUGUAUUCUUAUAACUUUAAAGAGGUAUUUAAGGGUACAUGGCCUACUCUCUUGUGAUUUCUAUACUGAUAGAUAACUUGUCUGUUUAGAUAGACUCUGUAUUUCGUUUUGUGUUUGUAUCUGUUAGUUUGUUCUUAAGCUAUAUUUUGCACACCAAUACCUCUUUUUGUCCUUAAGUUUACAACAGUUUGAUAUUAAGCUACUGCUUCACAUUAAUUGUAGUGGUGUUGAUUUUUUCCUCAAACAUUGAGACUUUCAUGUAUAAUAGGAUUCGUGUUAUUAUGGUUUUAAAUCAAAGUUCAGUUUUAAUGGGGAUAUAAUGUGUUUCUUACUUAUUCUUUAAAACUUUUUCACUUCUUAUUAUCUUUAUUUUUUCACUUACUUUUAGGAUGACUAUAUAUUAUAUAUGAAUGUAUUCUCGAUUGUACAAUUGUUACAUGUAGUAUUAAUACUAAUGAUAUACUUUAUAAAAUAACAUCACAUUUAAACAUAGGAAUGGAUGUCAGUUUGAAACAUUUUAUCUUAAGACAGGUACAUUAACAUUGUAAAUUAGUACAUGUAUCAUUUGUUAAAUAUAAUGCUAUAUGGUUCAAUUUAUUUCUGCGUCUAUUUUGCCUAACUAUACAUGUACACUAUAAUAUUUAUUGUACACUUUACUUUUUCUGCUGUUUCAUAUUAAUUAAGUACUUAAGAAUUACAACCACCUACACAAGUUUUAUGAAGAUAAUGUGGCCGUCUAAUUGAACCAGUGUAUGGCAAAAUAUAGUAGGAUCAAUGAUUUAAUUGAAAAGUUAUGUUAAGGAAACUAAAUUAAUACAAAAUAACCAAUAUAAUUGUUUGGACUAGCUGUAAUUUUGUAUUCUAAGAUUAUAUUUAUUCUUUCUCUAUAUAUAUUUAUGAGUUAUUACUUAUAUUUGCUAUAAGCAUUGUAGGUACCGUAUCAAAGAUGAAUGUCAAAAUUGGUAGGGGCAAUGAACUUGUUUGAUCAAUUUUUUUCACAGAUUGAAAUGACAAUUUUAUAUUCAAAUGAAAAAACGAUUGGCCUAGUAUUAACAAUCAAAUAUGUUAUUUGGAAAUAUCCAAUACUUGAAGUGAAAGCAAGAAGUACUGAUCUAAAAAUGCCAGCCUAUAAUAUGCUCUCAUUGGUAAAAUUGGGACAUAGUUAUUUUAUAUGUAGUUAUCAACACUUAUAUUUGAUAUAUCGUCUAUUUUUAUGUGCCUUUAGCAUACUCACUGGUUUGAGUGGUACCUGCUUUUUUGAUGUAAAACAAGAAUGGUUAGAUGUUUUUAUAAUUGUUGGUAUCACUCUAUGUUUUUUUUUCUAGUGUUGUUAUCAUAUAAAUUUAGCUUUUAAUAAUCUAGAAAAAAAAGAUUCAUUCUUUGACUAUAAAUAACAUGCUUUAUUUAAAACUCUUAAAAACCAUUUUAUUUGUUACUGUUUAGAUUCCAGUAGAAAUUUUUCAUAUUUUUAUUUUUCUACUUUAAGAGUAUUUAUAUUUUACAAAAUAUACUCUAAUAUAAUUUUGAAUGUGUUCUUUAUUCUGUUCUUUACUGGAAUGGGUUUUAUACACAAUCGUUCAUGAUAUUUGAAUGUUAUUUUUUAUUUUCAAGUCUUUCUUUUUUAGUCGCUAUGACGGCAUUUUAUUUCAUUUUACCUUGGCUUACAAUAUGACUAUUAUUUGAGUUAUAAAUAUACAAAACAGAA